AUGAAAUUCGAUGCCAACGAUAUUGCCUACACCCCCACGACUGGGGUGACCAAGGUCUUUGAAUUAGCCGUAGUGCAAGCAACCCCCGAAAGCAUCAAGGGCUACGGUCAGAUUGUCGAGUCACCCGAGAACUUCCCCAUCGAGAUAGUCCGCUGGCCGGCCCAGGGAUGGCGACCGGUUGAUGCGAACUCGGGGAACCAAGGCGGAACAACGGAAGGGCUCUUCGAGUUCUGGUGGAAGGACAACACGCUGUACGCCCGUAAUAACGCCGUGGGCGACAACUACCUUUUUGCCUGGAGCCAAUUCCCCGAGGAGGCAAGCACCAGCGGCGUUGGAAAGCCACGUGAUAUGGCACUGAUAUGGCGCGCUAACUAUCAUCCGGACGGCGGGCAGAUGUUCUUUCCCAUGGAUGGGCAGAGUUUCUUGAUUCCAUUGGCAUUGCCGGGUGACGACGUUACCCCCGAGAAGUUCGUGGCUUUCCGGUGCGACGGCGGCAAGGGUCUUUACAUCCAUCCCAAUAUCUGGCAUGGUGCUGUUGUUCCUAUCGAUGAUCACAGUCGCUUCUUGGAUCGUCAGGGCCGUGUUCACGCACGGGUCUCAGUGAACUUUGCUAAGGAGUUUGGAGGCUAUAUCUCCAUUCCACUGCGUGCUGCGGAGAAGGAGAAGCCUCAAUCGACUUAA